AUGGACAUUGGUAUGCAGAUCACGGCCUUUGGCGAUGAGGUCGGGGUUACCGGGGUUAGUGUCGGUUUACAAUUGGGUAUGCUUACCUCAGGUGCAUGUCUAGCUGAACUUAAGUUUAACAUAAUUGUAAUGACGCCUUCUACUCGCUCUGAUAAGGUUGACUUUAUAACUGUACGACAGCGCGAUAGUUUCUCGUCGACAUUCAUUACAUGUUCACCACCCAAGAUGACAUCGUUGUGCGCCUUGCUCGAUCUGCCACACGAACUACUUCACCAGAUACUGCUCAACGUUGACCCCGCAGACCUUGCCCGGGUUCGCCUAACGUGCACCUUCCUAGACCAGUACCUUAAGGAGAAUGAACUGCUGUUGAAGGAACUUUAUCUUCAGUUAUGGGACGAGCCAGUGGGUACAGCCGCGGUCAGUAUCGGGUCAACUUGGGCGAAACGGCUUCAGAACGUGGUUUGGCUGCGGAAAGUCCUGGAGUCUGAUCAUGUCGAUUCGAAGUUGAACGAUUAUCAACAAGUCGUUAAAUUCACCGCUGCUCUUCUUCAAGUCAAAGAUGCUACAAAAUCUAAGAACUUGGACUUUUUUGAUGAAGUUUUUGACAAAGUCAACCUUGACACGCUACUAUGUCGCUCCUCUUUAUUUGAACAGGCCGGGGCUACACACGUUCCGGCGCAAACAGAAUUUGAACGUCAGCUCUCUGCGAAACUCCACUGUUAUUACGGUAUCCCAAUAGAUCCAAGAAGUAGGAAGUCUAAACCGACACACCCAUGGGCCCGCUCGCUAGUUUAUGACCUGCGAAAUUAUGAUACAAAUACUAUGUGGGGCCCGUUUAGAGCUGAUGGGUCAGGAAGGGUAGACUGGGAAAAACUCGAGGCGAUAAUGGUUGUUCUCGGGUUUAAUUUGAAAGUGUUGGUGGAAGAAUCUGAUAUGCCCAUUGGCAAUCUGUGGGGUGUAAAGUUUCGGGGAGCCAUACCAUAUUCGGCUCCUCAUCUAAAGCCAAAUCUAGACAAUGGACUGGAGCUACCAUUAGAGUUACGGGAUCCUUAUGGAGUUACGGGAACUUGGUUGAGAGUGGUUUGCUUUCUAGACUACCAUGACUUUUACGCCUUCAACUUCGGGUCCAUAGCCCCGGCCGAUGGGCCCCGCCCACCGAUCGAUAUUAGAGAGGCGAUUAGGUUUAUAAAACUAGGAAUAACUGUGACAAGAAUAGAACCCCCAGGACCGGGUGACGGCCAAGCACUUCCUGUUGUCCAUUUCAAAGGUGCGUCGCGCCUGAUGCACGCCUUUUGGGAUCCUAAUGCGAACUCCGAACUUACCGGAACGGUUCGCCUGACAACAGAAGGAGAAAUUCGGUGGAUAAGUUUUUCGAUAUUUCAAGGAGAGGAACGGUGGAGAAGUGAAGGUAUUCAAAUAGGAGGGCUUUGUACUGCCCGUGGAGUAUUGGGCACGUGGUUUGAUAAGGACUUCGAUCCACAUGGACCUGCUGGCCCAACCGCUUUUUGGAAGACGAGCAAUGAGGUGGAUCCAAACAUUGUUGAACCUGGUGAAGAGGAUAGUCUUUAA